CCAGCCGCCCUGGUGGCUGGCGGGCUGGCCCAGCUGUGUCUGAGCGCAGGACACGUGCUGGCUGCCACCCCGGCCAACCUGCAGGCCCUGGCGGCCUCUGCAGGCAUGGAGCAGGCGCCGCCGUCCCGGCCCGGAUCCCAGCUCUCAGCUCACAUCACCAGGUGUGGUCAGGAGGCGGUGGAGGCCCCUCCCGUAUCCUCGGCGGCCAUCCAGUCGGGUCGCCCCAGGAGCAGCCCAGUCACAGUGGACUCACGGUCCGUUCACAUCGGGGGUGACCCAGCGCUCACUGAUCGGGCUGCCCCUUAUACCGUCCCCACCAGCCCGGCAGGCGUGCACUCGCCAGAGUCUCUCACUGAAGACGACAACGAACCCACCGUUCGGCAAGCGACGGGCGCCGAUGUGGACGGGGUUGACCUGCAACAGGUGAAGGAGUUCGCUCGCGUCUUCAAGAUGCGUCGUCUCAGCCUUGGACUGACGCAGACUCAGGUGGGGCAGGCACUAAGCGUCAGCAUGGGUCCCGCUUACAGCCAAUCGGCCAUCUGCAGAUUUGAGAAUCUGGACAUAACGCCAAAAAGCGCUCAGAAGAUCAAACCGAUCCUUGAAAAGUGGCUACAGGAAGCAGAAGCAAUGUACAGACAGAAGAUGUGCGUUCAGAAGAUGGGAAACCUCACCGGCAUCCCGCCACUGAAGAAGCGGAAACGACGAACCUCAUUCACACCGCAGGCGCUGGAAGCACUCAACGCUCACUUCGCGAGAAACACGCAUCCAACCGGACACGAAAUCACUCAUCUGGCCAGUCGCCUCGGCUAUGAGCGCGAGGUGAUACGCAUCUGGUUCUGCAACAAGCGGCAGGCGCUGAAGAGCACAGUGCGUCUGGUGACUGGUCGAACAGGGCGCGGCUCCCCGCCCGGUGCAGGUCGGGAGGAGCCCCGGAGGCCGCUCACGGAGCCCGGACAGCCGCGAUCACCCGGCAGCUGAGGCUGGAAGGACCAUCACCAAUUCACCACAGGACGGCAAUGUUAGCAGCACGUGGGACCAUUCCAUAGACAAAGAUAUAACCCGCGUACCCAUACGCAAUUUAUACCAAUGCUAAUAUUGUGCAGCAUACGGCCAGCGCAGCUUUGACGGUAGCGGCUCUUUACUUCCUGUACAAUGAGGUGUGUCGACGGCAAGAUACUUCUGUUUGUGCAGUGGC